AAAUUCAUACGUUUUUUAUAACCCAACAUUUCUCGAAUCGUAUCCCGAGCUGCGAAAUAAUGCACUUCAGUAAAAUAACAGAUUUCAGCUUGGGCUUUUCUCCCAAUGUCCAUGGGAUAUACAGUGCUGGCGAACAUGUGUCGGGGCAAGUUGUACUGGAGCUGUGUAAAGAAAUGAAGGUUACAGCCCUAGAGGUCUGUGCCAGGGGACUGGCAACGGUGCAUUGGUUGGAGAGCCGGAGUGUUGGCAUGAAUACGGUGUACAGCGACUUUACUGCCUAUGAGCCUUAUCUGAGAAAGAAACACCACCUCAUUAGAGAAGCUAAGAUGAUUUUUGACAAAGUGAAGAAGUUCGUUGUUGUCUUUGAUUCUCCCGAUCUGGAUACACCUCCGGUGUUCAGCAGUGGAGACACUGUCACUGGGAAGGUGCUUUUGGAGUUGGUUACCGAUAUUAAAGUGGAUUCCGUGAAGCUGCAUGCAGGGGGUUAUGCUAAGGUGUAUUGGACUGAAUCUCGUAGUGCUGGAUCCAGCACAGCUUACACCCAGAACUAUAGUGAUGAAGUGGAGUACAUCAAUCGCAAAGAGACCCUACUACAGACAGAUAACGGCACUCCUACAGUGUUACCAGCAGGAAGGCACGAGUUUCCUUUUACCUUUCAACUGCCCGAGACCCUAGUGACCUCUUUUGAAGGAAAACAUGGGAAUGUCCGUUAUUGGGUCAAAGCCAAGUUACACCGUCCAUGGUCUACUGUCAAGAAAACCAAAAAGGAAUUCACCGUGCUUGAACCUAUAGACAUUAAUACACCAGACUUACUGUCCCCUCAGGCUGGUUCCAAAGAAAAGAUUGCUCAUGCAUGGUAUUGCAAUCUGGGUCAAGUGUCCGUUACUGCCAAGAUCGACCGGAAGGGCUACACUCCAGGUGAAGUAAUCCCCAUUUUUGCGGAGAUUGACAACUGUACCACUCGCACUGUAGUGCCCAAAGCAGCCAUAAUUCAGUCUCAGACCUUUAUUGCACGCGGCACUAUGAAGCAGAAGAAGUGUGUGGUUGCUACGCUGGCUGGAGACUCUGUCGCUGCAGGAAAGAGGGAGUCUUGGCAUGGUCGGGCACUGAAAAUACCUCCUCUGGGACCCUCAAUUCAGUGUCGAAUUAUUCGUGUCGAAUAUUCCCUGAAGGUUUGUGUGGAAAUACCUGGCUCUUCAAAGCUACUCCUUGAGUUGCCUUUGGUUAUUGGUACCAUACCACUUCAUCCAUUUGGUAGCAGAACCUCCAGUGUUGGCAGUCAGUACAGCGUUAAUCUGGAAUGGCUACGAAUGACCGUUCCAGAACAACCAGAACCGCCUCCUGAGUACUCCUCUGUGGUGUCGGACGAGGAGGCAGAUCACUGUCUGGCUCCCCCACGUCAUGCUAGUAUGGGUUGUAUCCUAGAAGGACCUUUUUAUGCCUACAUCCAGGAGUUCAGAAACAGACCACCUCCUCUCUACUCAGAGGUUGAUCCUAACCCACCAGCUGCAGAAAUCCGACCUCGUUGCAUGACUUGCUGAAGGAGAAUUUUUCAAGAACAUGAAAUCUGUCUACUUUUUUUUUUCACCAAAAGCUGUUGGCACCUGAAUAGACUGAAAAAUUCCUUUAAUAUACAAGGAAUAGGGCACGUGUGUCAGAGCCCAGAGGUGAAUGGGGAUUGGAGUCUGAGGAAGAUCAUUCCCCAUGAAACUAAACCAAGUCUCUUCCAGCUGAUGCAAAGCGAUGAACCAAUGUGGUCAAUGCAUUCUUUGACUAUAGG